UGUAGGAAAAUCACAUUUUAAUGGAAAUGAUUCAAAAAAUGGUAAGAAUUAUGAGGAGGGGCAAAACUAUACUACUUAUUAUGUAGGAACUGUUUAGAAAUACAUUGUAAAUACAUAGAAGAUACUUGGGCCUCUUGUUUUGAGAAAUACAUUUAACUUCAUAUGUCUAUUGAACUCAAAGUACACCAUAUUUCCUGCUGAACUAGUAACAGAGGGUUAAUUUUAUAGGGAUGACUGGACCGCUGUGUGAAACCAUCAUAGAUGUGUGUAAUCCUUCUCCGUGUCAUCAGGGGUCGAUCUGCAGUAAUGUGGCAGGUAAUGCUACCUGUACCUGUACACCUGGAUAUACAGGUCAACUGUGUGACCUUGACAUCAACGAAUGCGAAGGUCAACCAUGUGAAAACAAUUCCACCUGCCAUGACUUGGUCAAUGCUUUUAUGUGCACCUGUGUACCAGGGUUCACAGGGAUUCAUUGUUCAUUAAACCAGGAUGACUGUGACCCUGACCCCUGUCUCCAUAGCAGCACCUGUGUUGAUGGGGUCAAUAAGUACACAUGUACCUGCAAGCCAGGAUAUACAGGUGACACUUGUGGUGUGGAGAUUAACGAGUGUGGCCUUGACCCUUGUUUCAACAAUGCUACCUGUGUGGAUGGAAACAAUAGUUACACCUGUCAUUGCCUACCUGGAUUUACAGGGUUUACAUGUGAAGUGGAUAUUGAUGACUGUAUUGGGAAUCCUUGCUAUGGUGGUGCCACCUGUCGGGACCAAGUCAACUCCUACUCCUGUCUUUGUCCACAAGGGUUUACAGGUAAAACAUGCAGGGAAGAUAUAGAUGAGUGUUCUCCAUCGCCAUGUCAACAUGGCGGUACCUGCACUGAGCCAGCCGUCAACCAGUUCCUGUGUCAGUGUCCACGAGGUGUAUCUGGAGACACCUGUCAGCUCGUUCAUUCUGCCACAUUUGACAGUCAAAGCUAUGUCCAGUUACCUCCCCUGAAUUCCCUGGUCAGUGCAGGACAGAUGCAGUCAAUGGAUUCCAUGACAAUACUCCUGUCCUUCACCACAUCAGUACCAUCAGGAAUCCUCUUGUUCACAUCAGGAAUAAAUAGUGAUGGAAACUUUCAACAUGUAAGUGUAGAGCUGUCAGAGAAAGCCUUGAUAAUAACAUUAGACAUCGGUGACGAGACAAAGACGGGACAUAUCCCGCUUACCUCCCCUGUCCUGGGUGUAUACAACCACACACUCCAGGUGUCGCUAUCUUCGCCUAUCACCAACAUCACACUGGACCCUAAUAGUUGCUAUGACACUCCAACAUGUCAGCUUUCAUUGAAAGUUACUGAGUCAGACAAAAGAUGGCUGCUGGAGAACUUCCUGUUUGUGGGUGGUUUACAGACGUUAACACCGUACCAACGCAGCAAGCUCACCAUACCACAGGGAUAUGUGGGAUGUCUAGGGGAAUUGACCAUCAGUGGAAACAGAAUCAACCUGAUGUCUUCCAAUUUGUCAUCUGCUCUUCCAUUGGCUGGUUGUACACAACACGACUACUGUUCACCAGACUACUGUCAAAAUGGCGGCAUAUGUCAUGAUGCCUGGAGCAGACGUUAUUGUGAUUGCCCGGUUGGAUUUGAUCAUAGCCUCUGUCAGCACCAGAGUGAAGCUCACUUUGUCCCAGCUUCUAUGUUACAUUUCGCUGGGAUCCAGGAGAUUACACAGAUGUCCCUUUGGGUGUCGGCCGUUAGUCCUUCUGGCAUCAUAGCCUACACACUGGGAUUCGAAUCCAUGGCCUUGAUACUAGACAAGGGACAACUGAGGCUACAGAUCUUGGCCUCAAAUUCCGAGUAUUUGAGUCAGGUUGGUGAGAACUUAGACCAUGGUGACUGGUUCUAUAUCAACAUGAAGUUAGGGGCUGGCCAGUACAGUCUUCAGGUUUCCAGUAACAGUAAUGGAGUUGUCGGAACCUCCAGUGGAACCGUCGGUAAUUUCCUGACUAUCCAGAUGCCGGUGUUUUAUGGUCAACUGCAUGACCAUCCAGGUGUGAAUAAGUGGCGUGUUAGGGAAACUCCACUUCCUACUUACGACAGUUUUACAGGCUGCAUAAAAGAUUUAAUCAUCAACAACCACCCAGUUGACCUCCAAACAAAUCAAGCCUCCAUCUUUGGUAACGAUCCUCCCCUGGCUACACCUGGCUGCCCCAGGGAUGAAGUGUGUCGUCCGUCUCCCUGUCAGAACAAUGGUGCUUGUGUGGGAGGCUGGGGUGGUCAUUCCUGUACCUGUCCAGCCAACUACCAAGGUUAUAACUGUACAGAAGUUGCAGCAGCGUCCUACAAUGGCCUGAACAGCUAUGCCCACCUCCAGCUUGACCGCCAGAAGUUACCAUUUGGAGAUGAGGGUACAUUGGACUUUAAGACCAGACAGCACACAUCUACCAUGAUGUAUAUUCAGUUUCUGUCCAGUAGUGGUCAAUCCCUUGGCAGUCUUGAGUUCAGACUGUACAGACAGGCUCUGCAAGUCGUGGCUAUAUUUAGUGGUCAAGAAAGUGUUUUAGAGUUUCCGGUAAUCAUCUCUGAUGCCAUAUUUCACCAUGUCCAGUGGAGGAGACGUGGGUCAGACAUCGUCGUGGCGAUAGAUGGGAUGUCACAGGUCAUCAACACAACUUUCACCCCCUUCAAAGCUGAGAUAGCUCCGACCAUUGAGGUCUAUAUUGGAGCUAAACCAUUUCAACAAGGAUCUAUCUAUCUGAUUGGCUACUUCCUCGGCUGUUUACGAGACAUCAGCUUCAAUGGGAAAUCUCUGGACUAUAUUGAUGGUAGUGAUCCAAGUACUGGCCUUGCUGUCGCGGGGAUUUACAAGGUUGAAUUAGGUUGUCAUGGUAAUGAUGUGUGUAACCCUGACCCUUGUCCGAUAAAUGCAGCUUGUACAGACAUCUGGAAUUCCUACGAGUGUCCGUGUCUCCCUGGAUGGUAUGACAUGGACUGUUCAAAGAGUAUUGAUGACUGUGUUGACAAUCAGUGUCAAAAUGGAGCUUCCUGUGUGGAUGGUCACAUGACGUAUAGGUGUGACUGUGUGAGAGGAUACACGGGACAGUACUGUGAGUCGGUGAGGAUGAUGUGUAAGGAGAACAACUGUGUUACUGGUAACACUGUUAACUGUACAGACAUCUUUCCCUCAGAUUAUUCCUGUCUUUGUCUCCCAGGAUGGUCCGGCAAAAACUGUUCCCACGACAUUGACGAGUGUGCCAACCAGCCAUGUCAAAACCGGGCUUCGUGUCUCGACCUCAUCAAUGGCUACAAAUGUGUGUGUCCCACAGACUACUUUGGUGAGAUGUGCGAGUAUAAAUAUAUCUGUGCUUCCGACCCCUGCUUCAAUGGGGGAACAUGUCUUCCUCAUCCAGACAACGGUGAUUAUAACUGUUCCUGUGUACAGCGGUACACAGGUAGACAAUGUCAAAACUUUAACUUCUGUUUGAAUCAUGACUGUCAAAAUAAUGCUUCCUGUGUUUCUAAGGAAAAUGCAUAUGAAUGUCACUGCAUGUCAGGAUAUUAUGGUGCUUUUUGUCAGUUUACAGACUUCUGUGUGGUGAGACCAUGUCAAAAUGGCGGGGAGUGUAUCAAUGACAAAACCUCUCACUUGUGUAGGUGUAGUAAGCAUUACACUGGUACCAACUGUGAACAUCCCAUCGACAAGUGUGAAGUCAACCGGUGUCAAAAUGGUGGCUCUUGUUUUUACAACUCAUCACUUCCUGAGACAGAUUACCUUUGUGUGUGUGUGGAAGGGUUCAGUGGUUUUCACUGUGAGACUGACAUCAAUGAGUGUCUGUCCAAUCCAUGUUUAAAUGGUGCCACUUGUGUGGAGAGCUCACUAUCACCUUUCAAGUUUUAUCCGGGCUUCCUUUGCAAUUGCCAUCAAGGUUACUAUGGUGAGCGGUGUGAGAACGAAACAGAUGAGUGCUCCAGUUCACCAUGUUCUAACAAUGGCUCCUGUGUGGAUUUGGUUAACGAGUACAAGUGUAACUGUACCGGAGGAUUCCAGGGCAAGCACUGUGAGCUAGACAGACGGGGCUGUACAUCGAACCCGUGUCAGAAUGGUGCCCAGUGUCAGGAGGCUGACGAUACCUACAGCUGUGAGUGUGUGACUGGGUACACAGGAGAACACUGUGAGGAGAAUAUCAAUGAAUGUGUGAACAACAGUUGUCAGAAUGGAGCAACUUGUAUUGAUGAUAUUGGGGGAUACAAGUGUAACUGUCGUCCUGGUUACAGUGGCACAUACUGUGAUGACAUCGUUGAUUCCUGCUUCAGCAGCCCAUGUGCCAAUAAUGGCCGCUGUCACUACCAGGGGCUGUGUGACUGUACUGACGUCGUGGAUUUCUGUGGCUGGCACAACGAAACCUGCCAGCGUCUCCUUUGUAACAAUCGUGUGGAGUGUACCACAUACACUACCUCCUAUACAUGUGUUUGUGAUGGGACUGGUUUCCAUGGUAACAUCUGUCAGGAGGAUGUUAAUGAGUGUGAUGACCUGUCGGCGUGUGAACACGGUGGGUUGUGUGACAAUACAGUGGGUAAUUACACAUGUAACUGUGUUGACACUGGGUUCAUAGGUCACCGUUGUGACCAGGAUAUGGAUGAAUGUAAUGGUGUGGAUCCAUGUUUUAAUGGAGGUCUUUGUCUUAACUACAUUGGUUCAUUCCGCUGUAACUGCCCAGCCGGCUGGACAGGACAAACCUGUGGCCAGAACAUUGAUGAUUGUGCCAGUCAGCCAUGCAAAAAUGGCGGCUUGUGUGAUGAUAGAGUCAACAGUUAUGUUUGUGACUGUACAAAUUCUGGUUUCCAUGGCAACACCUGUGAGUAUCCAAUCAAUGAUUGUCUUGGGAACCCAUGUCUAAACAAUGGCCACUGUUUGGAUGAGAUAAAUGGAUACACAUGUGACUGCAGUGGAACAGGUUACCAUGGUGACCGUUGUGAAUCAGUGACAGACGAGUGUGCUUCGGUACCGUGUAGAAAUAACGGUACAUGUGUGGACGGGCGGGAAUCAUUCACAUGUAUCUGUACAGGAACAGGCUACAGUGGCGCUCUCUGUGAUAUUGAUAUCAACGAGUGCGAGUCUGACCACAAAUGCAUGGGAAGUGCAACAUGUGCCAACAAAGAUGGAGGAUAUGUGUGUGUGUGUGCAGACACCCACACAGGUACAUACUGUGAGACACUUCUAUCUCUGAAAGCUCCGGAGGACAGCAGUGCAGGAGUCAUCGCUGCCUCCGUCAUUAUUAUCAUCAUUCUCAUUGCACUUGUCCUUGGAUAUGUUGCAUGGUACAUGAAGAAAAGUCGGAAAAUGCAUGGGCGUUAUCGGCCCUCCGAGGAGGAAAAUUCAGCCAACACUUCCAUACCACUGGAGAAAAUGCUUGAUGUUACAACAGGAGAGCGUCUUAUCUAGAGGAUCAACUUACUUAUAUACUACACCAGUAGGAAUAACUGUAACUUAUGUCAUGUCAGUUUAACAAAUAACAUUUUAAUGAAAAUUGAUCUUAUAUCCAGACUGUCAUACAUGCAUCCGAGGAGAAUUAUCAUGGUAAACACUAACUGAUUACAGCAUAAUGCAAAAUAUCAAACUGAAUAUGGUAAUCUGUGCAAGGUAUUUGCAUUUUGAUUUUAUGUUAUUUCCUUCUAUAAAUAGCCUUGACCAAAGAUCCUUGAUUGUAUAUAAGUUUUGUGUGUAGAUAUAGAAAUAGAGGACCUGCUGGCCUGAUCAGGAGUACACUAUGCUAGGUUGUGAUUUUUUUAUAUUACAAAAGAAACAUUGUUACCUGUACCCCGAUUUAGUAGAGAUUUGUUUUACAGUCUCAAGGAGCUGUGCUUUAUAAUAUUGAAGUUUUCCUGUUGCUCUAUUGAUAUACAUGUAUAGUAUUGGUGAUGAUUUAUGGUCACAGACACGAUUGAUUUCUUUUCCCCCCAAAAGGGAAUGUUUUUAGGUAAAAUGUUUUAUACAAGUACAAAAUUAAUUUACUACAUCCUCAUUUUUGAGGUAAAUAAUUAAUUGAAUUUCUUAUUGCCGGAAUAUACCAGUUAUAGGUGAGAUUUUACGUCUGAUUAAAUAUAGGAUAUUAGUAAUAUUUACCACUGAUUCCAUUAUAUUGGUAUAGUGUAAAGUUUAAUUUCUAAUUUAUCAUUCCAAUGGUUUCAAUUAAAGUCAUGUAUAUUGAAAAUGUUUGAUUUAUAAUCUAUCAUUCCGAUGGUUUCAAAUUAUUAUAUACUUUACAUGUAAUUUGGAAAUGUCUGAUUUAUCAUUUAUCAUUCCGAUGGUUUCAAAAUAUUAUACAUCUACAAGGUAUAUAUUAAAGAUAAUAAUUUAUGGGAUGUUUUGUUGUAUGCCGUUGUCAUAAUGUUUUAAUUCUUUUAUUUUUUUGUAUGUGCAAUAUUUGGUUAAUGCGCAAUAUUUUUCCAUGCUUUCAUGUCUAUGUUUUGGCUUCAUAUCUGCAAUAUUAAAACUUAUUUCAAAUUUCACUAGGGUUUUCUACCAAUAUAUAUAUAUUUUUAAAGCACUUUUUAUAUGAUAGGGAAUGUGUACAUGUGAUAAGAACUGGAGGCUGUAACAUUGAUAGGAUUAUUUUCAUUAUACAGAAGACUACCCUAUAUCUGAUUUCCUGUUUCAUGCAAUAUUAUAUGUUUUGUACACUUUAAUUUAUUGCAAUCACCUUUUGCCUGUUUCAUUUAUCUGUAAAGAAAAAAAACACUUUUUACUAUCAAAAUCCCCUAUGAACUAAAUUUGUAUGAAAAAUUAUGAAAUUAUGGCUAAAAUGAACCAAAGUUGUAGAUAAAUAGAAUCUAACAUGGGUCUGUUCCGUGGACAGGGAUAUCUCAACCCGAGUGUAAGAGUUUGGCCAGUCAGCACGAGGCUUGCCGUGUGCUGGCCAGCCAAACUCUUACACGAGGGUUAAGAUAUCCUUGUUAGCGGAACAAGGAGAUUGUUGCUAAGAUCUUGCCAUAUUUAAGAUUUCCCUGACAGUCACAUUCUAAGUCUCAAAUUUAUUUAGUCCCUCCAUAUAAGGGCAUCUCAGAUUUGAUAAUUACAAGAUUGGAAUUCAGUAAUUAAUAACUUAUAAAUUAUGUAACAAAGAUAAUUAGAAAAAUAUUACCAUGGUAAUUAAACACUGCAUGCAUUUAGUUAGAUUGAUGAAACUUCAUGCACUGUGUAUUUCCUUUGAGUUACAGGUCUACCUUUAUUUCAUUCAUUUUUAUUUUUUUUGUUAAUUAAAUAUAUUGCAUGAAAAACCUUUCCUUUUAAUUACAGCUUAUCACAUUCAAUAUAUAAAUGUUAAUAGAUUAUAGUCGUACGAAUAACAAAUUUUACUUUUUGAAAUAUGACUAUAUAUAAAAGAUUCCUGCACGUGUGAUUUACAAAUUACCCCCCAGUACCAGUACAUUUGCUAUACAUGCAUAUAUUUUUUUAUUCUGUGCUUAUUGAUUUAAAAGUUAUCAAAGAGUGUUCAAAUUUCCGUUUAGUGACAAUUGCUAAAAUGUAAUUAAUGUUGAUUUACUGCAGUAACAGUUAAUGCCUAUGUUCUUUGAUCUAAUUUUUCAUCUAUGAUGCCCCUGGAAUAAUGUGAUAUUUUUUCUUAUUUAUAAGUGUGUCUCCUUUACCUGUUAGGUUUAUAAGUGUGUCUCCUUUACCUGUUAGGUUUAUAAGUCUAACUCCUUUACCUGUUAGGUUUAUAAGUCUAACUCCUUUACCUGUUAGGUUUAUAAGUGUGUCUCCUUUACCUGUUAGGUUUAUAAGUCUAACUCCUUUACCUGUUAGGUUUAUAAGUCUAACUCCUUUACCUGUUAGGUUUAUAAGUCUGACACCUUUACCUGUUAGGUUUAUAAGUGUGUCUCCUUUACCUGUUAGGUUUAUAAGUCUGACUCCUUUACCUGUGAGGUUUAUAAGUCUGACUCCUUUACCUGUUAGGUUUAUAAGUCCGACUCCUUUACCUGUUAGGUUUAUAAGUGUGUCUCCUUUACCUGUUAGGUUUAUAAGUCUGACUCCUUUACCUGUUAGGUUUAUAAGUGUGUCUCCUUUACCUGUUAGGUUUAUAAGUCUGACACCUUUACCUGUUAGGUUUAUAAGUGUGUCUCCUUUACCUGUUAGGUUUAUAAGUGUGUCUCCUUUACCUGUUAGGUUUAUAAGUCUGACACCUUUACCUGUUAGGUUUAUAAGUGUGUCUCCUUUACCUGUUAGGUUUAUAAGUGUGUCUCCUUUACCUGUUAGGUUUAUAAGUCUGACUCCUUUACCUGUUAGGUUUAUAAGUCUGACUCCUUUACCUGUUAGGUUUAUAAGUCUGACUCCUUUACCUGUUAGGUUUAUAAGUGUGUCUCCUUUACCUGUUAGGUUUAUAAGUCUGACUCCUUUACCUGUUAGGUUUAUAAGUCUGACUCCUUUACCUGUUAGGUUUAUAAGUGUGUCUCCUUUACCUGUUAGGUUUAUAAGUCUGACACCUUUACCUGUUAGGUUUAUAAGUGUGUCUCCUUUACCUGUUAGGUUUAUAAGUGUGUCUCCUUUACCUGUUAGGUUUAUAAGUCUGACUCCUUUACCUGUUAGGUUUAUAAGUCUGACUCCUUUACCUGUUAGGU